AUGGGCGAACAACCGGCUGCAGCCACACGCAUGGCGGAAAUCUCGACCUUGUUUCCAGCAGGUCAAGGGGACUUUCUAGUCACCUCCGCCGACAGGAUGCUCUUCUAUGUACACCAAACAGCGUUGCUGCACGCGUCAGGCAACUUUAAAGCGGCAUUCGAGAAGUCUGCAAGCGAAGCUACCGCUGGAGCCAUUCCUGCCUUGAAGAUGGAGGAAAAUGCGGUAACACUGGAGAUUCUUUUUCAAUAUGUUUACCAGGAUCGGCAAAGUCCAUCUAUUGGUGACGUGCAUAUACUCAACAACGUCUUUCGUGCCGCGAGGAAAUACGAAAUGGAGGAGUGCUGCAACACUGCGAAAGAGUCUCUUGGAGACUCGCCUCCACCAAGGGAGGAUUAUUCAGCCGCUAUACACGAGGCACGCUUUGCUUUACGCGAGUGCCUGAAAGGUGACCUGGCGAGCCAUAUCAAAGACGCCUCUGGAAUUCAGGUUCCGGCUGAUCUAGUGGUCUAUGUCAUGAGGUUGCGAAGAGAACGAGCGGCGUGGUUCUCCUCAAAGUUGGAUAGCUGGCCAUGGCCAACAGAGGGUUGCCAUAAUUGCUACCGUGGAUAUGCCGAGAUUCGUAUGCAGCUGGAGAAGGAGCUGGCAUUCUCCUUGGACUAUAAAGCGAAGCAAGUCGUCAUAGAUCCUCGCGAACGUGCUCCAGUCAACACCAUAUCCCUGAAGCAACCCGAGAGCUCAUACAAGCUUGGGAUGCCGAGUGGUUCGAGAUGA